CACACACAUAGACAAAAUUUCGAUGUAAAUGUGAAGACACACACCCUUUGGAGUCGCAACGCUACCGCCUGCAGCCCUGGCAUUAUCCGUGUUCAACACAUGCAUAGGAGCUGACAAAAAAGAUAACGACGUGCACAGUUCACUUUUCUCUCCGUAACCUAAUCUGAAAGUUUGCUUGAACGAAUUAUGUCAGUGGAGUGAAAGCAGACCUAAAUCCAGUUGAAAAGAUUAGUUCUCUCAGCAUUAGCAUCAGAAAUUUGUUAUAACCAGAUACCGAGAAGUAAUUUCGCAGCAGAAACUGGAAAUCAGAGAUUUGAAGGAUCGACGACAUGGACUGGGGAGAGGACACUUUUGCCGACGACGAGGCCGACGAAAUGGAUUAUGACGAAUCUAUCCGGAAUAAGAAGAAGUAUAAGUUCCAUAAGGCUCCGCCUCCGCAUAGCUCCUAUAUUGGCUAUCCUGGAUAUAGCUUGCCCAACGCCAACAUUUGUAGCAUCGAGCCGACCAAAGUUGUCCGCACCUCUGCGGAAAUCAAGUAUAUGGGAUCCCUGCGUCCGGCCAAGCGUAAUAUAUCUGGUACAGGAAUCGGGGACAACGGACCCAUCUCCCCAUCUAAGCGCAUUAAAUUAAGCGCCGGCCAUAAGGAGAACGCGCAGCCCAUGGACAUGGACUCCUUUAUGAAGCCCUUCCCCGAACGUAUCGCUUAAAACCAAAUAUAGACACAAAAAUGAAGUGUCUCAUCCAUAUUAUAGACUGUUGGGUUUUAAAUCCAAAAAUAAAAACAAACAUG